UGAUAUGACAUUACAUUAUUGACAGGACAGUGUGAUUAUUUAAUGUCAUUUUCUGCAAUUCACAAAAUUUCUUUUUGUGUAAACAAAUCGUUGUUUAAUUAAUUUAGAUCGUUGCCAGAGAGUAAUAUACUUAACAUUUAAUUCUAGACUCAUUAAGGUUAUAUUAAAAUAAUUCCUGCCUCAUCUACAUAGUUUUGGUGUAGGUUUUAUAGAUGGUGAUUCAUCAUUCCAAAUAAAUUGAUUUUUUACUUACAAACCAGUCUUCAGCCCCACGAGUUCCUCUGUAUCUGGUUAUAAGUAAGCGGGCAUGAUGGAGUGGUUGUUCGGGCACCGCAUGACGCCGGACGAGAUGCUGCGCAAAAACCAGCGCGCGCUCAACAAGGCCAUGCGCGACCUUGACCGCGAGCGCAUGAAGAUGGAGCAGCAGGAGAAGAAGGUCAUCCAGGACAUCAAGAAGCUCGCCAAGGAGGGCCAGAUGGACGCAGUGAAGAUAAUGGCGAAAGACUUGGUGCGCACGCGGCGCUACGUGCGCAAGUUCAUGCUAAUGAAGGCCAACAUCCAGGCCGUGUCGCUCAAGAUCCAGACGCUCAAGUCGCAGAGCACCAUGGCGCAGGCCAUGCGCGGCGUCACGCGCGCCAUGCAGACCAUGAACCGACAGCUCAACAUGCCGCAGAUACAGAAGAUACUACAAGAAUUCGAGAAGCAGUCGGAAAUAAUGGACAUGAAGGAGGAGAUGAUGAACGACUCGAUCGACGAGGCGAUGGAGGGCGACGACGACGAGGAGGAGAGCGACGCCGUGGUGUCGCAGAUCCUGGACGAGCUGGGGCUGCAGCUCAACGACACGCUGUCCGGCCUGCCGCAGGCCACCGGCUCGCUCUCCGUGCCAGCGGGGCGCCAGCCGGCGGCGGCGGCCGUGGCGGGCGGCUCGGGCGGCGGCGGCGCGCCCGACGCCGACGCCGAGCUGCAGGCGCGCCUCGACAACCUGCGCCGCGAGUAGCGCUCCGCCGCAGCUUCGGCGCAGCCUCGGCGCACACCGCGCUCCGCUUCUAUGUCUCCGCUUCCUUCUUGGUUCCACUAUAGCUACGAUUUGCGUUCUAGCUCGGUGCGAUUGUCGAGGCGACAGAGAGAGUAUAGAUAUAAAAUCUAUCAGAUGCUUGCUAAGAAACGUGAAACGCACAAUGCUAGGACGCAAAUCGUACAGUGAGGUGCAGAAACGCUCAAGUUCCAAGAUGUUGUAAAUCUAAACCAUUGAUGCGAUGGUGAAUCAUGGUCGGCACAAUAGUUUUGUAUCAAAUAUAAUUAAUCCUUCUCGCAUUGUUUGAAGUGUUGCCACAGCACGAUACAAGGGCAGUUCAUUAUAUUUUAUGAAAAUAUUCCUUUUCUUUUAAAAUUGACAUGCUUUUCAUAUAUUCCUGGUUUUAAUGCUCUAUAAAGAUCUAUGUAAAUAUGUAGUCGAGGGCGCAGGAGCGUGACGUUUGUACACAAUUGUUAAGUUAUUGUAAUGAUAAUGAUAGUUAAGUUUAUCUACGUAUAUUUUAAUAAAUAUUUUUAUAAUAAAAC